UUUUAGUUUUACGACGUAUUUGGAAAAUUGGAUACUAGCGGCACCCUGGAAACGUCCUAUUGAAUAUAAUAAAACGCAUUAGUUGGUUUUACAAGUCACAGUUGAACAAACAUGAAUUCUAUUGUAACGACUUGUCCUAAAGUUUCUCUUUCCAAUGGCCUGCAAAUUCCAAUUCUUGGACUGGGAACAUCGCAUGACGGCGGGUAUUCUCAUGACGCCGUGUUGUAUGCACUCCGCGAGUGUGGCGUGCGGCACAUCGACACAGCGAAGCGUUACGGCUGUGAGGAACAGCUGAGUAUAGCCGUGCAGGAGAGCGGAGUACCUCGGCAAGACCUAUGGCUUACAACCAAACUGUGGCCCGGAGAAUACGGCUAUACCGCUGCCAAAAAGGCCUGCCGUGACUCGUGUUCCCGCCUAGGGGUGGAAUACCUUGAUUUGUACCUGAUGCACUGGCCAGAUGCCAUGGUCCCAGGAAGGUCCAAUAGGGAGGUCAGGGUGGAGACCUGGAGGGCCUUGGAGGAGCUGUAUAAUGAAGGCGUGUGUCGUGCCAUCGGCGUGAGUAACUUCCUCGUCUCCCAUCUGAAGGAGCUGAAGGAGGACUGUAGUGUGGUGCCUCACGUCAACCAGGUGGAGUACCACCCGUUCCAGCAGCCAGAGGAGCUGGUGGAGUACUGUCGCCAGGAGGGCAUCGUGUUCGAGGGCUAUUGCCCCCUGGCCAAGGGUCAAGCUCUCAGCCACCCCACCAUCCUCCAGUUGGCACACAAGUACGCCCGCACGCCCUCUCAGAUCUGCAUCCGGUGGAGUGUACAGAAUGGAGUUGUCACCAUUCCCAAGUCCACCAAAAACGAGAGGAUCCUGGAAAACUGUCAACUCAAGAAUGGAUCCUGUCCAGAGUCCUGUCCCCAGCUAAAAGGACGUAUCAUCUCUAUCAAACCACCAUGUUUGCCCUCUCAACUUCCCCCCCCCCUGCUGGUCCUGGCUCCUCCCACUCCUAGGUCUUUGGGUUCCAACUGGAGGGGAAAGACAUGGAGGCAUUGGGCAAGUUGCAUGAUGGGAGACACGUGAGCUGGGAUCCUACAUGUGUGGAGUGACAGGUCUUUGGGUUCUCCCUCUCAGUUGAGGACGUGGAUCGUGUCAGGAGACUCCACAGUGACAUGAAGCUCAUUCAUCUCAGCUGGCCACUCUGGAAAGGAUUAUCAUCUUAAAUAAAAUACACAACUUUUAGAGAUGA